GGACCCUCACUCCGUCUCGUCCUGCUUCCUUCCUUAUCUCUUCUUCCUCUUGCCGCCCUCUCGAUCGGCUAGCUCCUGCUCUCGCCGCUAGCAAGCGAAUUGAAGGUGGCAAAACCUUGGAACACCAAGGGCAGAGAAAGAUGUCGACCAUCGUCAUGAGAGUCGACCUUGAGUGCGACAAGUGCUACAAGAAGAUCAGAAAGGUCCUCUGCAAGCUCCAAGACAGAGAGAACAUCAAGAUGAUCUCGUACGACGAGAAGAACAACGUGGUGACGGUGGCGGGGUCGUUCGACGCCGAGGAGGUCUCAGACAGGCUCUGCUCCAGCGCCGGAAAGGUCAUCACCGACAUACAGGUCGCCAGAGGGAACCAGAUGAUGAUGCCCGGCGCCGGCAAGGCGGCGCCCAAGAAUCCCGGGAAGGAGAACCACGGCAAGAAGGAAGGACACGGCCAUGUCCAAGGUGGCCAGCAGGGCCAUGGCCAAGGCCACGGCGGCCAGCAGGGCCAUGGACAGGGCUACGGCGGUGGCCAGCAGGUUCAAGCCCACGGAGGCGGCCACGGUGGCGGCGGUGGCCAGCAGGGUCAUGGCCAGGGCGGCGGCCACGGUGGCGGCGGCGGGAAGCCGGACAAGACCAAGCACGUCAAGUUCGACAUGGACGACGACGACGACGACGACGACGAAUUCGACCAGCCCGCCCACCACGGCAAGGGUCACGGACACGGGCACGCCGGCGAGAAGCCGAGGGUGUUCACCACCAACACUGCUGUGGCACGGAACGAGGCCCCGCGCCCCCAGCAGGGAGCGUCGAUGGCAGCGAUGGCGCCGAUGCGGAUGCCGGCGCCGGGGCCGAGCAUGACGAUGAUGCCGCAGGCUUUGUCCACGCCGUCCAUCUGGCCGGUGCCGCCGCCUGCACCGUCGUACGGGUACGGCGCGCCGGCGUACGGAUACGGCGGGGCGCCACCAGCCGGAGGGUACUACGGCGGGCCCGUGUACGACCACGGCGGGUACGGCGCGUACGGAGGCGGUGCGUACGGUAGGAAUCCGUACCAGCCGCAGUACUGCUACGAGGAGGAGCCCAGCGCCGGGUGCAGCGUCAUGUGAUGUGAUGAACUCAACACGGAUCAGAAUCAGAUGACCAACCAUGCUUUGG